AUGUCUUCCAAGAGUAAUCUAAAUGUACUUCCAAUAAGCGGCGAUUCUACUGCUGAUUCAGCUCAGAAGCCUUCGCUAAGCGACAGUACAACUCAUGCAGCUAGUGUAGCUAGCAGUAUUAGCGAUGAUGGCGAUAUGUGGAGCCAUGAAGUUGCGCCAGCAAAGUCUAAUGACAAAAUUAAGAUAGAAUUUCAGGAAGAUCGAGAGAAAGAGGCUUCCGUGUUUAGCAAAAAUGACUCCGAAAGUUUGUUUGCCGAAGUCUCGAACGAUAAGAAACGAGUCACAGAAAAAAAUCAUUUCCCAAAAACUCCUUGCACGAAUUCUCCAUCUGAUCUAGAACUCUCUACUAUAGAUCGUCCGCGAGUUGAACAAGGAAAACUUAUAAAAGAGAAGACUGAUGAAGAUGCUACUAAAGAAGAAUCUUUGGAGGAAGACAAAAUAACAUCACACAUUCCCAGGCCAGGCACUCCACCUGCCAUCACCAAACCAUCGAUUCCACUGUCGACAGCACAAACUACAUCGUCCUAUUCAGACACAAUUUUUACAUCCACUCCGUCACUAACAACCCCGUCUACACAAAUCAUACUUGCCUCACUCUCCAAUUCUGCUUCCGUUGCCGUAUCUGCAGCUUCUCCAAUAUCCCAACCUUCUUGUCCAUCUCCGCUGCGUUCUGCCAAAAUGACAACUGUGGUAGCUAAAGGCCAGCAUUCGGGGAUUGGCGCA